GGCGGCAGCGGGAGGAGGAGGAGGAGGAGCGGGAAGGGGCUGCGAUGCUGCCGGCUGAGCGGCCCCCCGCAGCCGCCCCCGGGCGAGAUCUUUGAUGGCUUUGAAGUUGUUAUCCCCGUUUUGAGAGUCCCUUGUGUUAAAGCCCCAUCCUAAUUCCCACCUCUCUUCCCAUUCAGCCUAGAAGCUGAAGCCUCCCAUCAAUUUCUGCAGUGGUUGUGGAGUGUUUGGAAAAUCAUGUUUCAAGAGGAGAUUGAUUACUCUUUUGAAGGGUAGCUCUAGUUCCUUGAGAGGUCACCAGAUACUGGAUGCUUGUGGUAAACCAUGGCAGCUGAUGAUAAAGUUGCCAUUCUAACCGACGAUGAAGAAGAACAGAAGAGAAAGUAUGUGCUUGCUGAUCCUUUCAAUGGCAUUUCCAAGGAUCAAGACUUGCCACCUCAGAACGAAUCCCCUUCAACGGAGACAACCACAGUCCCAGAUGAAGAGCUAGACUGGUUAGAGAAGCACUGCGUCAAAAUAAACAAUGAUCUUCUGAUCUCAAAGGUCUUUUAUUUUUUCUUCUAUUCUGCAUAUGGCUCCCUCUACCCCUUGCUGCCUGUGUAUUACAAACAGCUGGGUAUGACACCCGGUCAGAGCGGACUUCUGGUGGGCAUCAGGUACUUUAUUGAGUUUUGCAGUGCUCCCUUCUGGGGAGUGGUGGCAGAUCGCUUCAAGAAAGGAAAGAUUGUCCUCCUCUUUUCGCUUUUGUGCUGGGUUUUAUUUAACCUGGGGAUUGGUUUUGUUAGACCAGCCACCUUAAGAUGUGUACCAAAGGGCCUUCCCCCAGCACAUCCCACCAAUGCAAGCAGCCUUUUAACAACAGCUUUGCAAAACGCCUCGAUGUCUUCUCCAGUAACCACAGUGAGUACUUCAUCCCCAAAAGUUCGUGGCAAGAGAGACCUGCUCACUUCCAGUCCGGUCACUUUGGAAACAACAGGGACAGCUAAUCCUGAAGUAACAUUCCUAUUAGCUACACAGAGCAACGACGUGGCGUUGGUCUUGGAAAACAGUACCCAUUUAAUUUCGAAGAACGCCACUGCUAGCCCAGCCUUACCAGGGAAUGUGACGCCGAGUACCUCUCCAGCUGCCAUCACCACCAAGCCAAUGCCUUCUGACCAAGCUGUGCUCGUUUAUGAUCAACAAGAAGUUGAAGCCAUCUUUCUUCUCAUUCUGCUGGUUGUCAUAAUAGGAGAAUUCUUCAGUGCUUCCUCUGUUACUAUUGUGGACACAGUAACACUGCAGUACCUUGGCAAACACAGGGACCGGUAUGGAUUGCAGCGUAUGUGGGGGUCUCUGGGCUGGGGGCUGGCCAUGCUCUCUGUGGGAAUUGGCAUUGACUAUACCCAUACAGAAGUUGUUAUUGAAGGUCAAGGUUGUAAAGCUCCUGAGUACAAGAACUACAGGAUAGUUUUCAUCGUUUUUGGUGUGCUGAUGACAAUGGCAUUGAUUGUGGCCACUCAGUUCCGAUUUCAUUAUGCGCACUUCAAGCAGGAUGAAAAUAAGAGAAAAGAGGCAGAAAUCUCACAGGUGGACAGAAGUGCCUCCAAUGAAUCCUCUGAUAACACUCCUACCAGUAUGAGCCAGUCGCAGUCCUUCAGUUUUUGGGACCUAAUUAAACUGCUGUGUAGUAUCCAGUACGGCUCAGUGCUCUUCGUGGCAUGGUUCAUGGGGUUUGGAUAUGGCUUUGUGUUCACCUUUCUUUACUGGCACUUGGAAGACCUGAAUGGCACCACCACUCUCUUUGGAGUUUGUUCUGUGCUCAGUCACGUGUCUGAGCUGACUGCCUACUUCUUCAGCCACAAAUUGAUUGAAUUGGUUGGUCAUAUCAGAGUGCUUUAUAUUGGUCUUGCCUGUAAUACAGCUCGAUACAUUUACAUCUCGUAUCUGGAAAAUGCCUGGACUGUCCUUCCGAUGGAGGUUCUUCAAGGUGUCACGCACGCGGCUAUCUGGGCAGCUUGUAUUUCGUACCUCAGCGCGGCGGUGCCUCCGGAGCUGAGGACGUCAGCCCAGGGAAUCCUGCAGGGCCUCCACCUGGGUCUGGGCAGAGGAUGUGGGGCUAUGAUUGGAGGGGUUUUGGUCAAUUACUUCGGUCCUGCUGCCACAUUCAGAGGAAUAGGGAUGGCUUGUUUAGUGAUUCUUCUUCUGUUUGCACUGAUCCAGUGGAUGUUGGUUCCUGAUGAAGAAGAAGAAAAGACAAUGCUGGCAGAAAGGAUCCCAGUGCCUUCCAGUCCUGUUCCCAUAGCAACUAUUGACCUUGUACAACAGCAGUCAGAAGAUAUCAUGCCUCGGACUGAGCCCAGACUCCCUCUGAAGAAAACUAAACACCAAGAAGAGCAAGAGGAUGUCAACAAGCCUGCCUGGGGCAUCAGCUCUUCCCCUUGGGUCACUUUAGCUUAUGCUGUCUACCAGAUAAAAGAGAUGGUUAAACUAUCCAAAACCAAUCCAAUUCCUGAGAACCAGCCUUUGCAGAAAAUCAAUGAGAACUGCAGUGCUUCAUCAGCCAGUUCAACGAGUCAGCCCCCAAAUCCGACAGAUUCUGGGCAGUCCAGAAAUUGUUCAGCACCAACACCUACAGCAACAUCAGAUUCCCAACUAGAUGGCGACCGCGUUGUGUCGGAUCAUGAUGCUCAGCCUGCUGCUGCCGGGCCCUGAGAUAUGCUCAUCUUAUCAAAUCCAGUGCAUGGAAUUCUGCUUCUCACCUGGGAAACGCUGGAGUAGGAGCUCAAAAGUAGGACUUCCUUCAUCUUAAUGAUCAUAAUAUGAUGCAGUGCAAGCUUUUAACUAUAUAAAGAAUAUUUAUAUGACUGCACAGAGCAACACGAGCAGGGAAGCCAAAAAUUUGGAAUUCUUGAAGAAAGUGGUGUGGCUGGAUCCAACGGUAGGAAGAAUUCUUGGCUGCUUUGCUAAAGCUGAGUCAAGUGAUAUGAGAUUUCUUUGCCACCUAGAAAAAGGGAGUUUGCUCUUCACUUGUUGAGGCACAGAGUGUCUUGACUCGGUGGGGUGAUUUUCUCCUUUGAAUUUGUUCUCUGGACAGAAGUAAAUGACUUUUUAGUAGAGAAACUGAGUUUCACUGCAUAGUCUAUGAGAAAAGAUCCAAUAAAUACAGAAACAGCUUGAAACUGUCUCUGUAAAGAUUUCUCAGAAACAGAUCAGUUUUAGCAAGUGUAUCUUCAUGUUAUGGAUUAAUUAAAUACAUAUUCAGAGAAUAUGUUUUUGAAGGUAAUGUUAUCUUGUUUGAGAUAAAGGUUUAGUUCUGCAAAGAAAAGAUUCUCAACUGGUGUUUUAGUGAAACAAAAAAGCUGGAGGAAGGCUUCUGAAGAAGUUAACCUCUGUGCUUGCAGCCCCUCAGUUGGGCAUAGGUUGUGUGCAUUUGGGUAAUUUUAAGUUUGAUGUUGUAUUGAGACAAGCAUAUUUGAUGAGAUUGCACAACCUGAGAUUUAUCAAGGGUUUCAGUGGACACACUGUCUUUUUGGGUUUUUAUUUAAUCAUCUAUACAAUGGUUUAUUUAAUGCAGUGUAGUUAACAUAGUUAUUUAUUAAGAAAACAGUAAGCUUUAAGUGCCUAGGGAAGGUGGGGGGUAGGGAGGAAUCACCUAAAAAUCUUUAGGAUUAUAGGGGCAAAGUUGUUGAUGCAGAAGUCAAGUAGAGUGAGAGAUUCUCAGGAGGAAGCAAACAUAACUAAAUUGCAGUAUGUUUAGGAAAUGACUUUGCCCAAUGGGAAGACACUGGAAGACUUUGCAUUGUUUUGUGACACUUUUCAAUAUUAACUGCAGCCAGCUCACUCGCUGGUGCACAGUGAAUGUUGCUGCUUGAGAGAUGUCCUUAGGCUCAAGGAGGAGUCUGGGGGGUUUAGUCAGGAUAGUGUUUUGGCCCAUUUGCUUUUAUUAACAGCUUGUUCGUGGGAGAUUCUGAGCACUCAGCUUCUACGGGACUGAGUAUUGCUCAGCCCUCCCUGACAUCAGAUGCAUGUGAUGUGUCAGGCCUGCCAUGCGGAAGGUGUGUGCUGGGGGACUGUACAGUGAUCCAGAGGGAAGAUGAACAGGAGCACAGGCUUAGGUGAGAGGAAGAUGGCAGCAGCUAAGCAGGAAAUCCAGUUUGCUUGAUUGAAGAGGUGUCCCAUAGCUGUGCUUUAGCUGUGCUUCUAAAACAACCCAUGCUCUGGUGGUGCCUGGGACCAACACCAUAGACAAUAACAAGAAACAUCGAUGACUAGCCACUAGUUACUUCUUUUGCACUUGAACUUAAAUGUACUGUACUCACAUAAAUCCUCAUGACUUGUCUAAGUGUCCUUUAAAAUCAGAAAUGUAUUUAUUGUAUGUUUGUAUAUCUUGGGGGAGAGCUAAAGACUGAACAGGUGACAGGACAGAAGGAUGCUAAAAAUCAUCUUGAGGCAAACCAACCAUUUGUUGAGUUCAUGCUGUUAUGGUGUUACCUCAGCUGCUACUGCAUAGCACCUGGAUUGUGAAGUGAAGAGCUUGUACACUGUGUUUACACUUCAGAAUUGUGUAUUUGAAAUGCCUGCUCUUUUUGGAAUUGUAUAGUCAUUCUAUGUUGCAAAAUGGACAUGCACACCUGGAUUUUGAUAUUUGUGAAACUGUAAAACCUGUGGUAAGAAAUAUAUCCCUAAUGUAUUUAA